GGCGGGGGCGCAUUCCCCGGCCUUGAGCUCAGCGAGGUCGGAAUGUGGCUGAUAAGUCCGAGAUAACCCUGGGACCAGGAAGGGCAGGAGCUAGGCAAGAGAGCCGCUGGGGAUAAAUAGCGACUGACCCAGCGAGUAGCCAGAGAGAGAAAGCCAGAAGCGCAGAGGGAAGGAAAGAGGCAGCAGCAUCGUUGGCAGAGGCAGCAGCAUCGUUGGCAGAGGCAGCAGCAGCAACAGUUCGAGAUUUCUCCUUCGCCCUCCAGCCCACUCCUUCCAAAGCAUGGAGCUCCAGACAGCGCUGCCCCGCAUCUUUCUGCUUCUGCUCCUUCUGCAGUUCCAGGGCAGUUUCUCCCACCCCCUGGACGAACCUCGCCAGGCCCGGGAGCUGACCGGGGUCCAGGAACUGCUGGACCGAUUAAGGGAAAAGAUCUCUGCUCUGGAGGAGUUAGAGUCGGCGGAGCCUGAGUCUCGGGAGCAAAGGGAGACCCUGGAGGAACUGUGGGAAAACAGCAAGCCCGAACCCCAACCGGUGCCAGGGGGCAGCCGUGGCUUCAGGGUCCCUGCCUUCCAGACCCUGCGUAGUCUGCAGAGCCCUAAACUGAUGCGGGAAUCGGGGUGCUUUGGCAGGAGGCUGGACAGAAUUGGCUCCCUCAGCAGCCUGGGGUGCAAUGCAGUGUCAAGAAGGAAUUAAGAUGUUCCAGCUGCCUACUUCCCAACAUCUAAUUCCCUCUGGGACUUUUCCAUCCUCUCAAAAUGACUCCUAUUUAUUUAUUUAUAUUUAUUUAUUUAUUUAUGUGGUUGUUUUGCACAAGCUGGUUUCUUACUUUUGGACACAAAAAGUUCAGGAUUAAAUAAAAUCAACUUGGUGACUUUU